AUGGGAAAAUUUCACAAAUUAGGAUGGAUCCAGCAUGAAGGUAAACCCAUUAAUUGUAUUGACGUUAAUCCAAAUAAGACAAAAAUAAUCACUGGUGGUGGUGAUGGAUAUGUUAAAGUAUGGAAUGCGUCAGCAUUAAGUGAUAUUUCAAAACAACCAAAACUUUUUUCAAGUAUUUUUGUUGAUAAAAGUGUUAAUUGUUGUAGAUAUUCAUUUGAUGGAGAGUUAAUAGCUGCAGCAAGUGCAACAGGGAAAGUUGGUAUUUUCCGACUUAUUCGUGUAUCAACUGAACCAAUUUAUGAUGAAAAAGGAAAUAUCUCAUUUGAAGAAUAUGAGAUGGUUGAUGGUUUUGAUUUUGGUAAUGAGGUUAUGGAUAUAAGUUGGUCUCCUAAAGGAGAAUAUUUGGCUGUUGUGACUUUAAAAGGAAAUGUCAUCAUUUGGACACUCUUUGAUGAGGCACAUUCAACAACAAUGUUAGAGGAAAGUCAUCAAUGUGCUCAAGGAGUUUCAUGGGAUCCAUUGGGUCAAUACAUUGCAAUUCAAUGCUCAGAUAAUUUUGAGUUAUGGAAAGUUAAUCCGUAUCAAAAAAUAAAAGAAUUUCCAAUAAAGACUUUAGAUGUACCGAAUCAUUGGAGAAGACCUUCAUGGAGUGAUGAUGGUUCAAUGGUUGUUGGAUAUAAUACAUCAAGAAAUCUUCCUUGCUUAAUGGUUUUGAAAAGACAUUCACUUGACCAAAUGAUUUUAUUAACAGGAAAGGGAAGAGGUAGAUGUGCCGUAAGGAUAUGUUCAAGAGGAUAUCAUCUUUCAGAUGAAAAGAAAACUAAAGUUUAUAAAUUGAUCAUGGCGGUUGGGGAUGAUAAAGUUUGUUUUUGGACGACAAAAGGAACUGGUAAAGGACUUGAUGAAAUUCGUGGAGGGACUAUUGGAAAAUAUGAAGACUGUGUAUGGGUUAAUAAAAUGGCUAUUAUAGUUGGAACAGAAGGGACUGUAGAUGUUAUUGAAUUGAAUGAACAAGAAGGUGAAGGUGAAUUACUUACUCCGAGUCAACAAAAUACAAUACUCUAUAAACAAACAGAAUUGAUCAGAGAAACAAAAAAUGAUAGAACACAACCUCCACCUGAUAUUGAAAGUGAAUAUCCUUUAAUAAAACAGACAUUACAAAUCAAGAAAAGGCAAAAUGGAGAUCGUAUUCUCCUUCAAGUAGAGCCUGGUGGGGUAUGUGAUGAAUUAAUCUGUGUUAAUGAAAAGUCUAGCAUUGUCGAAUGGAGAACAUUACUUCAAGAUAAAAUUAAAUUUCUUAAAAGUAGUGGAAAAAGAACAGUUAUAGUGUUGAGGAAUAACAAUAUUAUAAUGAUAGAUAAUAGAUGUGGUUCUCUUAAAGUUCCUCUUAAGGUUCAAAAUGAAGAAUUUUAUAAUUUAUUCUUUUCAAAGAAAUAUGUAUGUUUGUUGAAAGGGAAAGACAGAGUUAUUAUUUUAGAUAAACAUUUAGAAUUUGUUCAAGAAAUUAAUAUAUCAAAUGUUCUUGAAAAGACUGAUAAAAGAAAAAUUAUAGGAUUACAGUACUAUGAUGAAAGUAAUAGUUUAUUAAUUCAAUUUGAAGAAAAAGUUGAGUUUAUAAUAAGAGAAAGCCAUGAUGUUAUCAUGAUUCAACAAGGUUUGAAAAAUUUAACAGAAGAACAAAUGAUUUCAGAACUAGAGUGCAGUCUUUUAACAUUGCCUAUGAUAUGGAAUGAAAACAGGUUUAAAGAAACUAUUGAAACAUACGUUUCAAUAAUUCAAAAAAAUCUUGACUAUAAUCGUUUAAGGAACUGUUUAAGAGUUAUUGAAAAAAUUAAAUUAAAAGAAAAAACUAAUUUAUCAUUACUUGAAGAAUGGUCAGAAAAAAUACAAAAGUCAUUGUUGUCAUAUUCUCAAAAUAACUAA